AUGGCGCCGGCCUGGGAAGCUUCGAUCCGUUUGGUGGACGAAGUGAACAAGCUUCGAUACAGCUACCCGCAGGAGGAGCUCUUGAAGUUGCUGAACUCUUUGACCGCGCCGCGCAAGGUGUAUAGAUCCUACAUUCCACCUGCAGGAAGCGAGCGGUUGUUCCUCUACGAUUCCAAUGGCGUGCCCAACCCGGGUGCCCCAGUGGUGCCCUGCGUCAACUGGCAUACAGCAAACUUGAAACAAAAACAGGACAUCUUGGAGGAAGCUUUGUCUCAGCUGAAGAAGAAUGGCUUUGUGGUCUUAGAAAGUUUGCUCUCACCUGAAAGGCUCCAGGCCUUGCUUGAAGACUUUCGCCGGCAGCGGCAAAACCUGCCCGUGGGUGUCACUUUCAGCCGCAUGCGAGCACAGCGGGAUAUGACCAUCCCUCCCUUCAACAAGAUGUGGGCAAGUGACGACAUCAUUUGCCAUCCUUUGAUCCUAGCGCUUUUGGCACGAUAUCUGCGAAACAGCACGAACACGAGUGAGGAGAAGGCAGCUGAAAUGUCAUUUGCGCACUGGCUCGGUUCUGGCGGAGAUAUCGAAGAGUUCACCUCCGGGCGUUUGAGUGCUGGAUAUCCCGAGUUAGAUUUGCUCGUGGUCGUGGACACACCACCAGGGGCACCGGCCCAAACACGGCAUCGUGAUACGAUCCUUCCUGGUCCCUGUGCUUCACUGGGAGUUCACAUACCUCUCACACCCAUGCAGGCCACCCCGCUGAACGGUGCCAUCGGCUUCUUCCCUUCAUCUCAUCUCCUCACAGGUGAUCUGAGUGGCUCCAAGCCUCAGGAGAUGGUGGGCACCUCAGCGCCGGGCUCAGUGAUCCUCUACGACUCCUUCACGGAACACCGGGGCUUGGAGAAUGAGAGCUCUGAUGCUCGGGCAGCUCUUUUCGCUUGGUUCCGCGUACCUGGGGUCUACACCGGGCAUACCGAGGAGAACUUUGGCCCAGAGGGUUUGCAACGUGCCAACGAGUUCCGAGAUUACGUUCGACCACGCCUGUUGGCAGUGGAAUCCGAACAGCGCAGCCUUUGCCCGGGUCUUGGAGCCGAAGAGGCCUGGGGCUUUCGCCGGGGAAGCAAACUGGUGCCCUGGACACGAUCCUGGGGUGAGGAGAACGUUUGCUUCCAAUGCAACCGCACAACCUUACAGGGUGCGAGCGCCUCGCGCCCCGGUUCGGCACGAAACGAGUGGUAUUGCGAGAAAUGCUGGGCUAAAUCCGGUGGCAUGCCAACACCUUGGCCUGGGAAUCUCACUGACCCAUGGGAACAGCCAGAUCGCGUGAGUGAGGAGAGGUUGAAAGAAUUGCAAGGACAAGGCCUCAACAUCACGCCCGGCAAGGGCCGUCACAAACUCACUCUCCUCCGUGAGAGAGGCUACUUCAUUCCGGUUGACCCUCAAAACGACUGGCUGGACAGAGUCAGCAAUGAUCCUCAGCCUUCUGGGUGGAAGGAUGCGAUGAAGAAGGCCCUCGGCGAAGUUCCACGUUUCGAUGGAUUCUGA